UUUCCAGCAAUCCAGUUGAAGCCAACAAUUCCUUCGAGGAUUUCAACCGAACCCCAAACAAAACGCGCAAUUGCCUUUGAUCGGAGAUAAACCACGUAUUUUCCACGGCCCAGCGAUGACGGAAGCGCCGCCAAAAAAGCGCAAUGCCUGCGUCAUCGUUCUGGGCGACAUUGGACGCAGUCCGCGGAUGCAGUACCAUGCGCAGAGCCUCCUGGAGGAGAACUACCACGUGGACGUGAUUGGCUAUCUGGAGACGCGGCCACUGGAGGCGCUAACCCAACAUCCCCGCUGCCAAAUUCACCCGCUGACGGCCGUUCCGGUGACCAAUCUCACGCCCAAACUGCGACUGCUCUUCAAGGCCUUCUGGCAGACGCUCAGCCUGCUGAUGGCCCUCAUUUCGAUAGGGCGUCCCAGCUUUCUGCUCGUCCAGAAUCCCCCGGGGAUUCCCACAUUGAUUGUGUGCUACCUCUACUGCGCCGUCAGCCGCACCAAGAUGGCCAUCGAUUGGCACAACUAUACCUACACUGUGUUGGCUUUGGGCAUGUCCAACGGGGAGCAGAGCCUGCUGAUUCGGCUGGUGAGGCGACUGGAGCGUUACUUUGGCUCCAAGGCGCACACGCACUUCUGUGUGACGCGGGCCAUGCAGGAGGAUCUGCAGCGGAACUGGGGGAUAGGCCCCGUUAAAGUCCUUUACGAUCGCGCGCCCUCGCAGUUUCAUCCCAUCGACCUGCCGCAAAAGCACGAGCUGUUUUUGAAGCUGUCCAAGGAUUACCCGCAGUUCCAGGGGAAGGACACCCAACAGUCUGAUGUGCUAGAGGCCACCGCUCUUACCCAGAAGUUGGCCAACGGCAGUGUGCAAUAUAAGCUCCAGCGACAGGCGGUUCUCGUUUCGAGCACCAGUUGGACGCCGGACGAGGACUUUGGCAUACUCCUGAAGGCUCUGCAGGCCUACGAGGAGACGGCGCAGGCGGAGCCACAGGUGUAUCCCUCGCUGCUGUGCGUAAUCACCGGAAAGGGACCGCAAAAGGAGCACUAUGUGGCGGAAAUCGAGAAGCUGGAGUGGCAAAAGGUGUCCGUCAUCACGCCCUGGCUGGAGAUCGAGGACUAUCCCACUGUGCUGGCCAGUGCCGAUCUGGGCGUGUGCCUGCACUGGAGCACCAGUGGGCUGGAUUUGCCCAUGAAGGUGGUCGAUAUGUUUGGGAGCGGCCUGCCUGUCUGCGCCUACGAUUUCAAGUGCCUGGAUGAGUUGGUGAAGCACGGCGAGAAUGGCUUUGUGUUCGGCGACCAUGUUCAGUUGGCCGAGCAGCUGCGAAUUUGGUUCGAGCAUUUCCCAAAAAAUCCUAGUAUUCUGGAGACGCGGGCCGUUUUUCAGCGCAGUCUUCAGGCAUUCCAGGAAUUGAGAUGGCGCGAGAGUUGGCGGUCUAUUGCGGCUCCCGUGCUGGAGGCAUUUCUCUAGAGCAUUUUGUGUUGUUUACUUUACAAAACACUUGACAAUUACACGUUAAGACAGACGUUCUGCAAUU